AUGGAACAUAAGGAAAUUCAGAAUGAGAAUAACAACAAAGAACUCGUCAAGGAAGAGCAACUGAAAAAGGAAGACCAGGAGACGAAGAACGCCCCCGAAACUUCUGAGGAAAAUGAAAUGCCACUUGUUAACAGCGUCUCUCUGGGGAAGCACCUCCUCAGGGGGAACUCCUUGAAGAAGGGCAUCAGUGUGAGCGUUAGAGGAAGGGCAGCAAACGCAGGCGCCAACGCGAAGCAAGCUGGAUCGGCAUGGAAAAAGAAAGAUGAAAAGAACAAUGAAGAGGCAGGAGAAGAGAAGGAGAAAAAAAUAGACGACGAAUCCUUCCCAGAUUUGCUGGAGUCAACAGAAAAAAUAAAAUCAGAGUCGUCUAAAGAUAAAGAUAAGAAAAAAAAACAAUUAAAAGAUUUUAAGAAAGGAGAUGAACAAUUCCUAAAUAAUAAUGCCGGAUUAGAAAAAAUGAAAAUCGACGGUUUCCCUGAAAAAAAAAAAUUUGGAAUGAAUAUGUUUGAGGGUCAAAAGAAAAAUGAGAAUAACCAGAGGAAGUGGUUUGAAGGGUCUACUGAUGUGAAUGGAGGAAACAAUAACGUUCAUAAUGAAAACAAGGAGCAGAUGGUUAAAAAUGGUUAUAUUAUGCCUGGGUUUAAAGGGAAGCAUAUGGUUGGCUUUAGGUGCUUUUUAAAGCGAGGAUUGCAGAGCCCUGCGCCACUUCCUCCUACGACGUUGCCACAGGAAGAGAACUUCUUCUUGGAAAAUGUGGAGAAAAAGGGCGGCAUGCAAAAGAGGAGUUCCAGGAUGAGGCAACAGAUGGGACAGUCGCAAAACAUCCAGAUGGGUCAACCGCUAAACAUGCAAAUGGGUCAACCACCAAACAUGCAAAUGGGUCAACCACUAAACAUGCAGAUGGGUCAACCACUAAACAUGCAGAUGGGUCAACCACUAAACAUGCAGAUGGACCAAUCGAUGAGCAUGCAUAUGAGCCAACCCAUGAACAUGCAAAUGAAUUUCCCAAUGAAUAAUAUGCUACCGAAUAUGCAAGGAAAUAACAGUCAGCAGAGGAAUAAUCAGAACAGCCUAAUAAGCAACUUAGAAGGCGCAUUAGAACGGGGAGGAGGUUUAGGAGGAUUCGGAGUAGGAGGAGGGGGGGUGGACCAAGGGAAUUACCGAUUCGCUUCCAUGGCCACACAAAAUAAUCAAAACAAGUUCAAUGAUAAUGGAGGAAAUAUGAUAAGGGGAAAUAAUUUCAGUAGGAGUGGAAAAAACUUUGCGAACAGUAAUAACAACCAUAUGCAUAAUGCUGAAGACAUGGUGGGUGGCAAGGCGACAAAUAACGCGUUUGGGGGACAAGGGAACAAUGUAAAUCACCUGAAGAGAAGUGAAAAGAGAGAGGACAGAAAUUUUCGGAGAAAGGACAUAGAUACUGAGACCAACUGGAGAGUCGCCAGUUCGGCUAAUAGGAACCCCGGGGGAGGAGAAGCGGACAAAAUGAACACGGGGGGAGGUAUGAACAGUGGGGAUAAUAACAGCGGAAGCGGUAAGAACGUGAGGGGGUACAACAAUUCCGGCGGUGGUGAAGGCGGCGUGAAUAUGAGCAGCAUGACCGCCAGUGGGAUGACCCCAAAUGGGAUGGCCCCAAAUGGGAUGAACCCCAACGGGAUGAAAGACAACUUCGGGAACGGAAAAAUGGCGAAUAUGAACUUCCAGGGUGCGACAAACAUGACCGGAAAUAACAAGAACAUUUUUAUAAAGAGCAACGAGGAGGCGGAAAACAACAGCGCCUUUAAGGGGAACCUUCUGAAUAGCAAGAAUGAGGAAAAGGGGAACAGGGCGUUCAAGGGUGGUUUGAUAAAUGCGGGGCCGAAUGCACAGGGGAGUGUGAUGGGGAACGAGAUGGGUGGGGAGGGCUUUGGGAAGAUGGGAAAUUUUGGAAGCGCGAACAACAGCAACCAGAAAUUUGAUUUUAACAAGAAUUCCAUCGGGGGAAACUUCGGUUCGGGGAACAAAGUGAUGCAUUCGAUGGAUCUGAGAAAGGCCAGAAUGAGAGAAAUGAGAAACAUGAAUGAGCAGAAUAGCAAAGUAAACGAGGGCUAG